AUGGUGGAGCUACACAUCUUCGACUUCGACGGCACGAUCUUCUACUCUCCGGUGGCCGACCCGAAUGCACUUACUGCUGCCCUUGUCGCCACGGGCGACCUCAGCGUCGCGGAUGCAGCCGUUGUAGCAAACAAGCUGCACGGCAAACUACGCAGCCCCGUGUCCUCCGGCGGCCUGGGGUGGUAUCAGAGUCUUUCAACGCUGUCUCCACCGGCAGUGCCGGAGCGGCCGGCUGAGAUUACAUGGUUUGUGGAGCCCAUUCUAGCACACAUGCGUGCCAUCGUUGAGACCCGCAACUCCUUGAUGCGCCAGCGCUGCUCCACCGUCGGCACACAGCCACCGGUGCCAACGGUGGACAUGCCUCUCAUCUAUGUGCUCACUGGCCGCGACGUGAAGUACUACGACAGAAUCUGGACGCUGCUACAGCAGGCUGGGCUAGACAAAGAGGUGGAGGACGUCUUGCUGAAGCCGAGUGAGACGGCCGGUACUGUCAAGUACAAACUAAACCACUUCUUCUCCUUGAUUCAGUACCACCAACCAGCGCGCGUCUUCUACUAUGAGGACCGCGUUGAGCAGGGUAGGCUGCUGCUCGAGGGGAUGCGGGCGCUGGAGGAAGUGCUGUACAUGGAUGUCAGGGACAGGGAUAGGGGCACUGUCAGCAGCGAUAACAGCUACUGGAAGGCAGAUCGCGUCGGUGUCGUGACGUUCGACGUCGCAGGCAGCACUACAGAGGCUGUCAAGCGAGAAGAGGGCAAGUGGCAGAACGGUUGCCAUGGGGAGGCCCCGCGAAGAUGUGAGGCCGUCACGGUGGAACCCCCGUCACUAACAGUUUUGCAUACACCGCAGCCGACGGUUGUGUCGUGCGCUGACCGUGGAAGGGACACCUGGCAAGGCACAGACGGCAGAAACGAACACCUUUCAACGCUCGUCGCAUCUCUGCGCGCUAGCCCGUAUUCCCUGCUUCGCGAUGCAUGUUACCCAGUCCACCGGUACAGCCUCUACGACUUACCCUCUCUGACAGAGACUCUUCCGGAGGCGAAGGUCUCGACGGCGUUGAGCCAAGCUGAGCGGCAGGCGCAGCAGUGGGUUGAGGGAACGGUGCGGUUCUACAACUCGAAGAGCAGCUUCGAGGGCAGAGGUCGCGUACAGGGUGGACGGCCGGUGGUCGGCAGCACUACCACUGCUUUUGGGUCUGGGGCCAAGGCGGCAGCGGUCUACGACCCACGUGCCUUACGCGCCGCCAUCUCCUUCGCCGUUCCUCCCCCGUUUGUCUUCAUCAUGGUGCUUGUGCCUCCUGCAUUGUGUGGCCGCAGCUCAGGCAUGCUAAGCGAGGAGCAGCUUGUGGCCCUGGUGCGCACACUGGAAGAGGAGAAGCGAGCGGCGGAUGAGGGGCGUACGUGGCAUAGGCGCGCCUGA